AUGACAACAUUGCAGCCUAGUUCGGCUGAGAAGACCAUUUGCAAAACCCACAUCGCUCAGGUAUCUUCAAAUCUGCGGCAUCGACUAGGUCUGGCCAAACUCAAAUACCAACAUGGUCCGCUUCACGGCCUGCACUCAAGCCAAUUCUUGGACGGCCACAAGCCCCUCGACAUCUCGCCGGAGAUUCUACGCAGUCGUUGCGGAACCCUGUUGACUUCUCCCCCUCUCCAAGCCUCGACCUACCAGGAACCACCUCAAUUAGUUCGCAACAAGCAUGCAUUCUCCUUCAACUCUCCAGUGAUGCAGCCGAAGAGUUUUGCCAGUCGCAAGCGUCUCCAGUCGAAUCCAGCCUCUGUGCGCCCUAAAAAGGUACCCCGAGUCUUGCGGAAGAGGUCUUACCGGCUGGCAAAAUCCUCUCCUGGCGCGCAGGGGUAUCCUACAGCCUUUAUGGCUGCGGUUUUGAUUCCAGAAACACCGUCUGUCGUUCAUCAACUGUCUGACGAAGAAACCGAUUCUGAGCUGCCGCUGCCUAAUCGCCAGAAUGCGAGCUCGACCAUAGGUUCCUCCCCACCACUCAUUUCCCCCCAAAAGCACUCACGACUGGCACGAACGGGCCGGUAUGUUGAAGAAGCGAAUACGUCAGACUCGUCACCGACCCUAGGAAAUUCGAGCCCACAGUUCAAUUUCGCCGAUUUCGUACAUCUAACUUCCAGCCCGACACAGGCAGCCUGGGACACCCGCACGCAUGGCAAUCCUCUUCGCACCCCUACCACUACCAAGGAGACUUGA